CUAUAGACGCCAUGACUCUGGACAAGAACAAGUCCAGUCGUCUAUACUGCCAGCUGAGGAGUGACCCAACCCAAAACAAUGUUGGAGUGACGAGUUUCUUGGUAAUGUUGGUCUCAGACAUGAAGAAAUGACCUUAAAGGACAUAUUGAUGUUUCUUUAUUUCAUCCAAGGAUUGUGUGGAGCAUUUGGACAUGAAUUCUCAGAAGAUGAUCAGGUUCAAUUUGUGGACAUAUUUGAUAAUGUGACCCUACCCUGCUUCCACUACAAUUAUGUUAACACAGAGGUGCGUGGGUUUACUUCACAGAAUAAUACAUACUGGAGACAGGAAGGAAAGCACUACUUGGGAGAGAAAGUCCUUCCUAAUGGUUCUCUGUUCCUGACCAAUGUUACUCAGGAGCAGAAUGGUCACUACAAGUGUCUACGGAUGCAAGAUGACAGAGUUAUUGAAUCCAUUCGAUUAGUAGUUAGAGGCCCACCAAAUCCUCCUGAGAAUGUGACCAUCACAGCAUCAACUGUUAUUGCUAAGGUGACAUGGAACCUGCAUCUGGAGGAGGACUGGGAAUAUUCCUUAGAGGGCCCUAAGACCACACUCCACCUCCUGUAUCAUCGAGCAGGUUCAGAUGAGUGGCAGGUGUUACCACAUAGCAUACCUCCCUCACAGGGUUGGUUACAUAUAUUUAGAUUACAUCCCAACACAACUUACGAGUUUCAACUAUGGACCUCAAACAUGUAUGGACAGAGCGAUAAUGUCACUGUCGUCACCACAACCACUCCUGCUACCACUGAAAAUGAAUUAGCAAAAAUUGUUGGAAAAAAAUUGGAAGGAUUCAGCCCCAACGUGUGGAUCGUUGCUGUGGUUGUGGUAAUGGUUGUGUCCAAUGUGCUGGUAGGCCUUCUCAUAGUAGUCUAUUAUUUCCAGCAGAAACUUAAAAAGUCAGCCGAGGCAGAUGACCCAGAAAAGAUUGAGUUGGUUCCACACAUCAUUGAAAAUCCUGGAUAUCAAGUGGAGCAGUCUUAUAGUGUGGAGACAAUACAUGAAAGCCUUCUCUCACCAUCUACAAGUGCCCAGAGUACUGCAGUUGUUGUUUAAGAGGUCUUUGGUAAUGUAAGCAUUGUUAUUUUAGUGUUUAGCAGAUAUUGAGCAACAUUGCCAGUCCUUCUGAUGCUCAUUAUAAACGUGAUGAAACUGGGACUAUGAGGCAUCUGUCCUGUCCUUACAUAUUUUGCUUUAAACGAAGCACAGAAUCUGUAAUACCCAGCAGCCAAAACUUGACAAAAGUAUCAGAGGACAAAAUAUGACUUGUCUGAAAUUUGGAAAUUCAGACUAAUUUAAAUUGCAGACCUCAACUUGUCUCAGGGCUUCCAAAAACUGGAAGUGUAGAUCUAUAAACUUCUGAUAUUUUUGUCGGUAGAAGAAAUUUUGUUUUAAUUACCGCAAAAGAAGGUAUACAGUACAUUAGCUGUGUUGAAAAUAUCUUAUUUCUUUCAGGUGGUGCAUUAUAAUGAAGAAGGUGAAGCAUGGUGUUAGCCACCCUUUGCACUCUGUUGAUACAUUUGGUCACCUUGGCGUAUAGGCUGCUUAACUCUUUCUAAAUUUAUAAAUACAUUUUCAUCAUCAUUAAUCAAAAUGAUUUGCAAAAAAGAUUAGAAUGAACUAACCUUUUCCUGUACAUCUUACAUGGCUGUUAUUUGGUCACAAAGUAAGAUGAGGCAUAAAGCAUCAUCUUUUCAUAUGUCAACCACCACACACAACUUCAUAAGACAUUGAAGUGUUGAUGACUUCCCCAGUAAGAGUAACCAAAUAUUUACCACAGAAAUUUGUACGUUUGUUCGGUUUGGAAUUAUGAAGAAGUUGCUAGGUAGUAGCAUUGAGAAGAGGUGUACAGUAGACAGACAAACAGUUAAAGUGGCGGGUAUACGGCCAGCAUCCUAAGAGGGGAAACUGGAGUAAUAUAGAUGAGAGGGUCUCAUGAGGGUGUGAGGGCUGGAAGGGCUUAUUAAGAGAUGGCAGCAUACAUGUGUGUGUGUGUGUGAGAGAGAGAGAGAGAGAGAGAAAGCUGUUUUAGCCCAUUUGUGAUUUGCAGAAAGAAUAUACUAUAUAGAGAAUAAAGGUGUAAUUAGCGAGCUACAAAGCCCUGGUUACCUGAUGCCAUUGUAUGUUUCUGUGAGUAUCACUUCCCGUAUCAUACACACUAGUACAUGCUGAGUCUUAUUCCAGCAUUUCAGAUAUUAACCACAUGGAUACCUACCUGCCUACCAGUGUCAAAUAUCUUGUAACGAUGCUCAAAAUACUUGCUGGAAAAAUGCACUUAUAAGGUUGGUUUUGUAGUAAAUAGAACAGCUGGCAGUACUGUAGCUGGUGCUCCCAGUACAAUAAUAUGACGACAACUUCUCUUGAUAUACUGUACUUUUGAGGGACAGUAGAAAUACUUAAAAGAAGGAAUGUGAGUUUCACAAUACAA